AUCACACACAGUCCCGUAACCAUGAAUAGCAUACGCCAAGUCCAAGAGCUGAACAGGAGAGAGCUAGAAAAUGGAGUUUCCCCAGAGGCGUCAUGGCAUUCCGACUACAAAGAUACGGCGUAUAUUUACAUAGGAGGGCUGCCGUUCCAGCUGUCUGAGGGCGACAUCAUAACUAUUUUUUCUCAGUAUGGCGAACCGACUUUUAUAAAUCUUGUGCGCGACAAAGAAACAGGGGAAUCCAAAGGAUUUGCUUUCCUGAAAUACGAAGACCAAAGGAGUACAGACCUUGCCGUUGAUAACCUCGGUGGCACAAAAAUCAUGAACAGAGUCCUUAGAGUUGAUCAUACAAGAUACAAGAAGCAGGAUGAGGAGCCAGAUAAAGGACUUGUCCUGGACGAUAAAGGCAUUCGCUCGAAUAUAAACGACUCUGCGGGGCCCAAUAACCACGGGAAGGAGAGAGAACGACUGAUGUCGAAGGAGGAACGUGAGCUUAAGGCUCUCGAGGACGAACAUGAUGAUGAAGACCCCAUGAAAGAAUUCCUUAUUCGCGAGAAAAGGGAAGAGGUUGCGGCGAGGUUGCGGCGAGGUCAAGAUGAGAAACCCAGAUCCCGGGACCACAGAGAGAGGCACCACCACCGGAGUCGUCGCUCUUCCAGGUCACGUAGUCCUAGAGAAAGGGCUCACCACUCUCGUCGGGAUAAUUCUAGGAAAAGGUCACGUUACGACAGCCACAGGACCGUACGUGAAGAUGAAGAGGUGAAAUAUGCACGUGGGUCGAAGGAAAAGUUCUAAGUUAUUUCAUGGCUGGAAUUGAUAUGUGGUAACAACUAGGCCAACUACAACCAAAAUUCGCAUUUCCAGAUACCAAGCCGGACGAUAAGGAUCUUGAUCAACCGCCGCAAAUAUUAUGUCUACUUCCAAAUACUCGUAUGUUUGCUGAAGAGAUGCCGUAGAUUCCCGGCUGCUUAUUGGCUUGGUUUGAGUGGAAUGCUCUUGGAAUCGAACAUCCAUCGCCCAAUUUUGGUCACGUUGAUUGAGCAUGCGCGGCCCAAUCGUAAUACCAAGUAUUAUUCCCUGAUCGAGAGCCUCAUCAUGAUGGGCCAAGAUACCUCUUCCAGCCAUCACGGACGCAAUAUCGCUUUCCAUCCUCGCCUUCUGCAAGGAUAAAUUUUUCCCACCGCCCGUCACGUCCAGCACUAAUGACAAUGAGGCUGUGGUCACUGGUCCAGCCGAUAACUCCCUUCCGCGGUCUAGAGGCUCCAGAAGUGCUGUCAAGAAGUGAGGACUCUUGAGGUACGGCAUCGCCCAUCUCGAAAUGUGCCGAUGCGAAAGAAUAGAUAUCUGAGAACACACGUGGUAACAUGGGUAUUCUGCUGAGGAUACCCCACUUCUGAGUUGGAGCUUCAUCUCCCACCGGCGAAGGACUGCCACUACCCAUCGAUGUGAGGCGUCGGUUAGGAUUGCUUGAAUCUGGUCUUGCCACCUUUGAAGGAUGGGGCAUAUCAAAGACAUGCAACGUCGACUUGUCUGAGGUAACUGCCAGCAUUUGGCUGGACGGUGAGAUAGAUAUCGAAAAAAUAGACGCAUGGUCAACGCCCCGCCUUAACUCGGCAAUACGAGCACCAUUGCUUGUUCCAAAUACGCGUAUCAAUGUGCCCUAUGACGAAUGUCAGACACUCCGGUGCAGGAUAUAGGACGAGAGAUACUCACCGUCUCGCUUGCCGUUGCCAUGAUCUCACCGUCGGGACUAAUUUCAAUAGCCCGCAAGGGAGAUGUAUGUGCCGGGAUGAUUCGCACACCUCCCGUUUCCAGUUCAACCAAAUGCACCUGACCUGGAGUACGCCCAGGGAACGCCAGCAAUUGUGACGAUAAGCAACAGAGGCCCAGGGGGUUGUCGGCAGUCUCGGAAAUAGAAACCUUUUCUGGAGGGGAAGAGAAAACAUACACAUGGACGCUGUUCUGUAGUACGACGACGAUCCGUUGUCUCGUUAAUCGAACCCUUCGGACUGCAGUCCCAAAUUCAAGAGUUAUUACAGCCUUCUGUUUCGCAUCAUCCCAUAUUAUCACCUGGCCGUCUCAGCGUAUGUGGUGUUGAAUCUCUGUGAAUGUCUCACCUUAUUGAGUGGGAAUUUGGGUUGCUUCCCCCCUCCAACCAGUGCUAUAUAAUUCGCUCUGGCCAACAUGUCCACGGCUCCCACCCCGCCAUUGAAAUCUAUGGCCGUAGGUUAGUUUUUAAUAAUGAGUGUGAACGUUCAACAGUCCAACAGGCACCCAUACCUCGUGAUGCCCGUAGCUCGCACGGGUCAGAAUUGAAAACUACAAGAG